UGAGGCGCACAGCGGCGUCAGGUUGGACCCAUGACCGACGAACGUGGUGAAUUCGUCGAGUGGCGUUUUUGGCGCUUCCCGCCGCCCAACGCCAGCCACCAGCGUUUCGGCGACGAGAUCGAGAAGUUCGCAGCGACCAUCAUUCCUUCGCGUGCUGCUGGAACUACGACCGUCGUCGCUCGAGCAGCCGUCGCCUGCGAAAAGCGAGACCGUGCGGCGCCAAAAUGUAGUACGUCGUCGCCGCGGUGUUCGGUCUUCCUCGAGAAGCGACCGGCCGCCGUCACCGUGCAAGAUGAAAACGGCAACAACCACCGAAAUCCAGAAGAAAAGGCCGGCAUUGCGCCGCCAUCGGAGCCCGUCGCAACCUCCCCCGGAGCAGACGACGCCGUCAAAGCAGACGACUCCGCCGUCGUCACAACGGAUUCGUUCCAGUCGAAGCGUAGCCACGGUGCGAGCCAACGGGACCCCGCGCCCGUGGUCUCGGUGGCCAGCCAUUGGCGGAGGAUCGUUAAGCCUGACCGCGUAGGUCGUCUGCUGCGCGUCGCCGCCUCGGCAGCAGGUGAUGCGUCGGCCGCCGAAGGCGGCGGCUGCGAUCAUGAUGACGCGCACGCAAGCGUCGCACCGUCAAGCCCUUUGAAAGCGGCAGCUACCGCGCCCGUAGGAGACGCCAUGGGCAACAAGUCGAGCAGCAGCGGUAGCGCCGAUAAGAGAGUCAAAGGCUCGAGCGACUGCUUGUCCGAGACGCCCAAAGGUAGUCCCGGGUUGUUUCGGUUGGGCCGCGACGUCGUUAGGGGUAAAGUACGCAGGACUCCGCAGCCGACGCGAAAGGCGGCGGCUCGGGAACACGACAUCGCCGUAGCCUCGGGAAAAUGUCAAGGCACCGAAUCUCACGCGGUCGUUGCGAGUGCAAACGGCACUCCGAAGAAGAGGAGCGAGUCGAGUCCGGAGAGCUCGGUCUCGGGAUCGUUGUACGUCGACACGGUGUCGCACCUGGCAGAGUCCGAAGACGGCAUGGUUGUCGCCGGCGACGCGUCGACCCCCAGAACGGCGGCAUCUCUCGAGGGCGCCGCGACGACUCCGCCGCAGCGGUCUCCGAGCAACGCGAGCGAUACGACCGUGUUCGGAGAGGACGUCGCCGCGGACUUCGUGUUUCCACAACCGCAGACCCCGCCCUCGUCGGCGGCGCCUGUCGCCGCGAAUGGCGCAGCGACCGCCGGCGGCAGCGGUCUACCGUCGUACAGGACCUCCGGUCUGCGCGUGCGUUCUCACAGUGAAGCCGACUCAACGACGCUUUCGUACACGCGCGCGCCGUCAUGCACGAGUCUGGGUCGCGGCGACGCCAACAAGGCGGCCGUCGCCAGCGACGCAUCGGUGGGCUACGCCGCGCCCACCUUCACGUUGACGCAGCACCGCAAGGUUGUGCUUCCCAAAUUCUCGGCGCCGUCGAGCGCACUGUCUUCGGCUGCGGCCGCGGUCAGCGAAGAAAGUGGCGACGCCAAGCCCGGCAGUGGCCCAGUUUCCAGUGGUGGUGGUGGUGGACGUCGUCAUUCGGCGUACGAUGACGCUCCUCCUCUGGCCGGUAACGUGCUCCGUAAGGUCGCCUCCCUGACGCUGGAGCGAGCCGCCAUCGAGGCCAAAGUGAACCGGCCCAAAGUGGUUCCCGAAAAGCUCGACUUCAGCAUUUACGAAAAAUUCGAAGGCCAGAUGCUGCUAAACUGGUUCUGCACCACGUUCCCGGAGGACCACUACCUCCGGUUCCUGCUGACCAAGCAGGACCUGAAGCUGCUGGCAGCUCAGUUCUGCACCCACCUCCUAGCUGCGGGCGUGCUGCGCCAAAUUGAGGACGACAACGCCCCGCUUGAGUCUCUCUUUCGGCCUGACCUGAUGUACUACUGGACGCACUCUGAAGUUCCGGCAUGCCCAGCCAGCAACGUCGUGCCCGGCAAGCUGACCACUGACUAUUGGCCGCCGCCGGACUCGGAAGGUGAUGCCAGGCCCGGACUUCGGUACACGGAAGCAGAGGCACAGCAGAUGAUCAUGGGAUUGAAGAAGGCUCACCGGAACGAACUGGAGAAGCUUCAGAAAGAGCACGAGUUGGCCCUCUUUUCUCUUCGAGGGGAGCAGGCUGCCAGGCUGACCGACUACGAGGGCCAAGUUGUUCGCCUGGAGCAAGAGAUUGACAAAUACCAAACUCUAGCCGGCAUAGAAGAACUGACUAGGAAAGCACGAGACAUAGAUGCGCCCCAGGCUGCUGCACCCGCCCGCUCCACAGCAGCGCCGCCGGUGUCUCAACGGUCCUGCGAGGUCCAGACCCUCUCGGUCGUGCUGCGGUCUUGCGAGGCGCAGACUGUCGCGCCGGCCACCUGUGAUAAUUGGGUCCAGGCGCAGUGGAGGUUCGCAGUGGGCAUUGUUCAGACGGAUGAAGCAGAAUACGAGACUCGGGAAUCUCAGACUCACGUCGACUUGCGUCAUCAGGAAUGCCAGACGGACGAGCAGGCUGGCCCAACCUCCGUCAUAAAGACGAGCGCUGGCAGCUCGUCCACGGCAACUACUGUCUCCCAGGUGGCGCCACCGCCUCCUCCGCCCCCUCCUCCACCACCACCGCCUCCUCCGCCGCCAGGUUGCUGCACCCUGCUUCCUCCUCCGCCUCCCCCGCCCCCAUUCCCGGGCAUGGCUAUGCCCCCUCCUCCGCCGCCUCCACCUCCAUUCCCUGGCAUGGCCAUGCCGCCCCCUCCCCCAUUGCCCGGAAUGAUGGGCAUGCCUCCUCCGCCACCCCCACCCCUGUCGUUCAUGGCCCCGGUGCACGGCUCCUCGGUGCCCCCGCCUCCGCCCCCGCCGGGACCUGGAGGGCCGGUGCCGAUGCCAGCGCCACCUGUAGGUGGCUGGCACACUGCCUACGCUGCAGCCCGCAAGCAGCCCGUGAACCCGAAGGCACUAAUGAAGCCGCUGUACUGGACGAGAAUACAGGUGCCCGCGACGAAGCCACCACAACCCACUUUGCCGGCGAGUCCAGAGAAGACGACAGAACGCAAGACUUUGUGGGAAAGCUUGGAGGAGACUCCCCCUUCGGACUGGGAGGAGUUUGAGAACCUCUUCUCGAGGCAGGUGCAGGAGAAGAAACCCACGGCCAAAACGAAAAGUGCCCAGGCAAAGACUAAGCAGGUGGCAAAGCUUCUCGACCAGAAACGUUCACAAAAUGUUGGCAUACUGAUAUCGAGUCUUCGCCUUGAAAUAAGCGAUGUGGAGAAUGCCAUCUACAACUUUGACACAUCAGUUGUGAGCUUGGACACCCUUCAAGCUCUGUACGAAAUUCGGCCGACGAACGAAGAGCUGAAGCUGAUCCAGGACCACCUAGCCCUGAAGCCCGACGUUCCAUUGGACAAGCCGGAGCGUUUUCUGUUGGACCUGUCUCGCAUUCCGGAGUACGCCGAUCGUGUCGGAUGCAUCAUGUUCCAGUCGACCUACACAGAGUCCAUCUGCAUUGUCGAGAACAAACUGAACAACCUCAAGAUGACAUGUGAGGCAUUACUGCACAGCAAGGAAGUGCGCACAAUCCUGGGGCUUAUAUUAGCUCUAGGCAACUACAUGAAUGGAGGGAAUAGGAGUCGUGGACAAGCUGAUGGCUUUGGCCUCGAGAUCUUGGCCAAGUUAAAAGACGUCAAGAGCAAGGACAACUCUUUGACUCUUCUUCACUACAUUGUCCGAGUCUAUAUAAGCAAGUUCCAGGAGGACGUUUCCCAGGAGAAGGCGAAAUUUCCUUUACCCGAGCCGACUGACAUGGAGCGUGCUGGACUCGUCAACUUCGAUGACAUCAGGGCAGACCUCAAGAAGCUUGACGCUCAGAUAAAGAGUUGCGAGACCAAGGUCCAGAAGGUGCUGGAGAACUCCGACAUUGAGCACCAAGAACCGUUCAGGGAGCAGAUGACUACGUUCCUGCAGAAGGCACACCAGGAGCAGAAGGAGCAGGAAGAGAAUCUCGAGGAGACUAGGCUCAAGUUUCUGGAGACAAAGGACUACUUCCUCCUGCAGCCCAAGUCUAAGAACGAGUCCGAGUGGCCAAAAGAGCUGUUCACUCCGUGGGUGCCUUUCUGCAACGACUUCAAGAACAUCUGGAAGAAAGAGGUUCAACGCAAGAUAAAGCUCGACCUUGAGGCAGCUAGGAGAAAGGUCAAGGACCUGCAGGAAGCCAAGAAAUCUAGUGUCAUGUCCGAGGUCGUGAAGGUCCGGACCAGCAGACCGUCUGGCCUGAAAGCAAAAAUGACGAAGCGGAUGCAACAACUGGGACAGAGCUUCCCUUCGCCAGGAGCACCUUAAAGGAAACGAAUGGAUCUGCGGAAAUAGAUCUGAUUUUCGUAGCUCGCAGCGGAACAAAUGCGAGCGUAAAAGUUAUAUAUAUAUAUGCUGUAUACAUACAUAUAUACAUAGUGUGGCAUACUAUAUUUAACGAGAGAUUAAUCCCGUUAGGGGGGUGCACACAGUUGUUGUUCGUUGUUGUGUGUAAAGUGUACGUCUUCUGGUGACUUUCACGGAGGUACGGUGGGCCAGCUUCUGCGAGGUGGCAUGAUAUCGCGAAUCUCAGUUUUUCGAAUGCAUUGUCUGUGGUGGCCGGAGCGAAGGUACUGUCCCCGUAUGUCUUGUUUGCGUUUAACCAAAGUGCACGUACAUAGUUGCAAUAGAUGAAGGGACCGCAGCGCAUAAGGGUUCCUUUCUCAGAGUUAGGUUUGUUCUUAUGCGAUGCACCUGUAUUGGUGCAAUAGACAGGGCGACCGCAAUGUGUAAGGAUCUCCUUCUGCGAGCUUUAUUCAUUUGUUAAUGCUGGUCACAGCAGAUGCAAUAUUGCUGUUAAUGACUGGAAACAAGAGAUGGCAGGAAUGGAAUACGGAAAAAAUCCUUUUGAAAAUGGGAGUGUUUUGAGGAUGCACUUUUGGGGAUGUCUUGGAUGUGGUGGUGCACGGCUGGCAAGGUGGGUGUAGACAAAAAAAAAA